GCUUUGUAUGGAAACAAGGAGUGGGAGAGUUUUCGACGAUAAAGUAUAAAAACACAAUACUUAGAUCGACAGAUUGUAGUCGUUUAUUGUGUUUUCUUAGCUUAUAACGUAUUACCAGAAAGAAGUGUUAAAGAAAGUUUACAUAAAUAUGGAGUAUGUACGUAAUAAAAGGGUUUCCAUUUCCGAAAUGAUGAGAGUACCUCCAAUCAAACCAAAAGCCCUCAUUGGAUGUAGGCACGUACAGGUACUAUGCCUGGCCUUCGGUUUCUUUUGCUGUUAUGCUGUCAGGGUUACCAUGUCCGUGACCUUGGAAGCUAUGACCAAUUCUACCAAAGCUAAUCCAGAAUUCGAGGAAUUCCAUUGGGAUCAGACUACCAAGAACACCAUACUCAGUUCAUUCUUUUGGGGAUACAUAUGUACUCAAGUACUUGGUAACAUCAUAGCCCAAUAUUGGGGUGCCCAAAGAGUAUUGUCUUGUUCUAUUAUUAUAAAUGGUUUAUUGACACUUUCCGUUCAUGCCGCUGCUCAUUAUGGAGGUUGGGAAGCUGUUUGUGGUACCAGAAUUGUUGCUGGUUUUUUCCAAGGUACGGUCAUGCCGACCAUGCACAUGCUCUUGUCUAAAUGGUCACCAAGUGAAGAAAGAGGAAGAUUAGCCGCAUUUGUUUAUACCGGUGGUUUGAUCGGUAAUGUUGUCUCUCUACUAAGUUCCGGAUUCCUUUCCGCUUCUGUUCUUGGUUGGCCAAGUUGCUUUUACUUUUGGGGCACUGCAAGCUUGACAGCUGGUAUUUUUAUUUUUAUUUUUGUCAAGGAAUCACCCGCUGAUCAUCCAAAUAUUCCUUUCGAUGAAAGACAAUUCAUCGAAGUUAGUUUAGGUGUUACCGAAACAGAUGAGAAAUUACCUACUCCUUGGAUCGCAAUAUUAACGUCUGUACCUGUUUGGGCUCUUCUUAUUACACAAGCCGUUCAAAAUUGGGGAUUCUGGAUGUUGUUAACUAAAAUGCCUUCUUAUAUGAAUUCAGCUCUAGGUUAUGAUAUACAACAGAACGGCUUGAUGACGGCAUUGCCAUACUUGACGGCAUGGAUUCUUAGUUCACCGAUCAGUUAUAUUUCUGACAUUUGUAUCAGAAAAAAUAUUAUCAGUUUAGAAGCAUCAAGAAAAAUAUGUAAUACAAUAGGACAAUGGAUUCCAGCUGUUGCACUAAUUGCUUUGGGUUACAUCAACAAGGAACAAUCUGAAAUUGCAGAAGCAAUUUUGAUAGUUACCGUUGGAAUUAACGUUGCCAUAUAUUGUGGUCACAACAUUAAUCAUAUGGAUCUCAGUCCUAAUUUUGCAGGCGCAUUAAUGGCCUUUACUAAUACUGCCGCUAACAUUUGUGCUAUUUUAGCUCCUAUCAUAAGUGGUAUAAUUGUACCAGAUCCGUCUAAUAUUCUUCAAUGGAGAAGUAUGUUCUUCCUCACAGCCGGUCUAUACAUAAUAGGAAAUCUUAUUUUCAUAUUAUUUGGUAAAGGUUCAGUACAAAAGUGGAAUGAUCCUGUAAUCAAGAAAAAACAAUCUACAGUAUAUCAAAUAGAAGUAGUAAUGGAAGCUAAUGAUUCUGAAAUACAAAAAGCUAAUAACGAAAAAAUACCAUGACAAAAUAUAUAUAUAUACGUAUAUUAAAUUAAUUAAAUAGAAUAAGAGAAGAUAAUUCUAUU